AUGUGCGGAAAAGGGAUCGUUAAUUAUCAACGUAAGAAGUCGGAAUGGUAUCAACACACGUUAUAUGAACUGUGCCAUCCAGAAGAUUCGGAAAAGAUUUGCGAACAAUUAACUGGAAUGACCAUGCCAAUGCAAGGUGCAUCCAUAAUGGGUUUGACUGAACGUCCUUCCAACAACACUGGGCCGACUAAUCCUUCUACGGCUGCCAGUAAUACCGCCACAUCCGAUGUAAACGUCGUUGCCCCACAGAAUUCGAUUUCUCCCUCCACUCCAGGAGACUAUUGCUCUGCUCGCUUGAACAAUGCGCAACAUCCUUCUCCCACCAAUGGUCCGGGAGCUGCAUCGCCCUCAGUCUGUCCAACUCGAAUUCUUGAUCUUAAAACGGGAACAGUUAAAAAGGAGGGUCAUCAGUCUCACAUGCGUGCUGGAAUGGGUGCCCGUCGUGGCUUCAUCUGUCGAAUGCGCAUGGGUUCAGCUAUGCUUCCGAACACCAAUCAUGUCGAACUGGGCGGUUUGGGAUCCUCUCCUCUUGGCACGAGGGCUCGAAUUCGUCAUCGUCAAGCAUUUGGACCACCAUGUUCAUCUAAUUCACAACCGUCUUAUGCCUUGAUCCAUGUAACGGGCUUUGUAAAACCCAUCACCUCCAUGCACAAUUCGAAGCCUGAUAUUCAAUUGGUGAAUGGUCAGAGCGCAACUACGCAGCCUUACUCUUUGUUUGAUGGUCUCGUUCCAGAGGAUGGAGAGUUCGGUGCGGUCGGUCAUGAUACUGGUGGUUCUGUUGGACUUUCCGACUCCGAUAAGUCUGUCGAUCCUCAGGUUCCACAUUGUCUGGUCGCACUUGGCAGACUUCAGAUCACCAGUCGCCCUGACGCCUCCGACCUGUCUCCGCUCCGAUCCCAAGAGUUCGUCACACGACAUAGUCUAGACGGACGAGUGACUUUUUGUGAUCAACGUGUACAAAACGUUUUGGGGAUCAGCACCGAAGAACUUUUGGGCCAAGCAUUUAUAGAUCGCAUCCCUUCUGCGAAAGACAAAACUGCCUUUCAAGAGGUAUUCGACCGAGCCUGGAAGUUCAAAGGGGAACUUUUCACCUUGGUAGUGAAAAUGGAAAGUCAGGCCUCCAUGGAGCCGGUAGCUGUCCGUUGCAAUUUAUUCUCGUUUGCAAAUCCGUUCAAUGAUGAAGUGGAAUACGUAGUGUGCACCUCGACUUCAAUGAAAUCUAUCCAAGCCGCUGCCUCUGUUGCUGCCGCCAACAUGCCUAACAGUGCACAUAAAAACGUAAAUUCAUUGGGUGAUUUGGUCCAGAGCUCAGUUUGUUCACAACCUUUGGAAUUCGAAUCUAAUCCGGGCGGUAAUCAAUCACGAGUUGGACUCCCUUUUCGUGGUUCAACCACUGUUCAUUCUCCAACAUCGUUUGGAGGUGCUAUUCGUUCUGCAGCCGAUCCCCAAUGUUCAAGUUACUGGCGAACCGCGUUGGAUGGUCCUGAUCAGUUCAAUACCUCGUUCAGUCCACAAAUCCAGCCCAGCUUCCGCAGUCUUCCGAAUCAAGCCCAGCUACUCUCCGGGUUUCGGAUACAUCAAUCUACCCCAAGCGAACUUACACACGUUCCCACCGAGAACGAUCCUAUCCGUGUGAAACUCGACCACGAGGAUCGGUCCUUGAUAGCUGCGCAGCUGAAUACACAUGAAACGGGUUGCGCUCAGUUUCCAACAGGAAAGGCAAGCACUUUUUGUUCCUCUACUCACGGUGGUAACAGCGAGUACCAGAGCAACUCAACCCCCUAUAUGUCUACGUCCAAUAGCUCUGGACCUGGCCCGAGUUUUGGUGAGUUGAAUAUCAUUUAG